AUGGGAAAGUCAAAAGCAUUCCAUGCAUCUUCGUUUUUAGCUCUAUGUUUUUCUUUCUGCACAAUAACACCAACUUUUUCAACGUCUCUACAAGAUGACUUCAUCAACUGUCUACACGAAAACACAAAUGUCGAUUUUCCACUCCUUGAAACGUUCUUUGCACCUGAAAGAAACGUCUCGAUCUACAAAGAAGUCCUUGAAUCAACAGCUCAUAAUCUUCGGUACGUGACAGAGUCCAUGCCUAAACCGGGAUUCAUAUUCAAACCGGUUCACGAGUCUCACGUCCAAGCUUCCGUCAUAUGUUCCAAUCAACUUGGACUUCAUCACCGUGUUAGAAGCGGCGGCCACGACUAUGAGGGUUUGUCUUUUGUUUCACUGAUGGAAACACCGUUUAUAUUGAUCGAUAUGUCGAAACUACGGCAGAUCAAUGUUGACAUUGAAGACAAUAGUGCUUGGGUUCAGUCCGGUGCUACAAUUGGUGAACUCUACUACAGAAUUGCAGAGAAGAGCAAAAUCCAUGGGUUCCCAGCAGGGUUGUGUUCAGCCGUAGGCAUAGGUGGGCAUAUAACAGGUGGUGGGGACGGCACUUUGUUGAGGAAGUAUGGUCUUGCUGCAGAUAACGUUCUAGAUGCAAUGAUCGUUAAUGCAGAUGGUAAAUUACUUAACAGAGCUGCAAUGGGAGAGGAUUUGUUUUGGGCGAUUAGAGGAGGCGGUGGAGGGAGUUUUGGGGUAAUUAUAGCAUGGAAGGUAAAGCUUGUUCCCGUCCCUGAAACCCUAACCAUGUUCAACGUUACCAAAACAUUAGAACAAGACCCAGAAACCAAGAUUCUUUCAAAGUGGCAAAGAAUUUCCCACAGGCUCGUUGAAGAUCUCUUCUUACGAGUGAUGUUCAGAGUUGCGGGGGACAAGACACUGACAUUAGAAUACAAAGGUCAGUUUCUUGGCGAGAAAGGCACCUUGAUGGAGGUUAUGAAAAAGUAUUUUCCCGAACUAGGGCUAACUCAAGAGGAUUAUACCGAAGUGAGCUGGAUUGAAUCCGUUCUUGCCAAUGCUGGAUUCCCAACAGAUUCUCCUCUUGAAGUUUUGCUUGACCCCAAGUUGUCUCCCUAUGGAAAAGUGUACUUCAAAGGAAAGUCAGAUUUCGCUACAAAACCUAUUCCGGAUUUUGGGCUCAAAGGAAUGUUCAAGAAAUUGGUUGAAGAAAACACAUCAUCGAUGUUUAUGAUUCCCUACGGUGGAAUGAUGGCAAAAAUUCCUGAAUAUGAGACCCCAUUCUCGCAUAGAAAGGAAACAAUCUUCAAGAUUCAUUAUUCCACGCUCUCGACCUCAGAGGACGACAAGAGUUUAAGCAAACGAAGGAAAUGGAUCAGAGAAAUGUACAGUUACAUGACACCAUAUGUCUCAAGCAAUCCAAGGCAAGCAUACGUGAAUUAUCGUGAUCUAGACUUGGGAACGAAUACGAAAGACUCUAAGGCUAACUUCAUAAAAGCUCAAACGUGGGGAGCCCAGUACUUCAAGAACAAUUUCAACAGACUGGUGAAAAUUAAAACGAAGGUUGACCCAGAGAACUUCUUCAGGCACGAGCAGAGUAUCCCUCCGCUACCCUUCUCCAAGAGGCUAAGUUCAUGGUAACGACAACAAUAUCAAAAAUACGAAUAAAUGUUCCUUUGCAACUAGCAUAAGAGCAUAAAAGAAAGUAGAAGAAAUAAAACAAUGGUUCUUCUUAUUUCUUUAUUUCAAACAAUGCUCGAUAGCUACAAUAAUAUAUGGUUGGUUUGUGUUUUA